GACAAAUCAGGGCCCGCCCUGAGCGGCUGCGCGGUGUGUUUGCCUUUCCCUUGUGGUUCAUUUCAGAAGCCGGUCCGUCUGAGCACCAUGGCUGCUUACCGAGUGGAGGAGCGGGGCGCCCUCAACAGCGUCGACUACAGGCUCUUCUUCAAAAAUGAUAAAGGACAGUACAUUUCUCCUUUCCAUGACAUUCCAACAUAUGCAGAUGCUGACAAGCACAUCUUCAACAUGGUUGUGGAAAUACCUCGAUGGACCAAUGCAAAGAUGGAGAUUGCAACUAAGGAUGUUCUCAAUCCAAUUAAACAAGAUGUGAAGAAAGGAAAGCUACGUUACGUUGCUAAUGUAUUUCCCCAUAAGGGAUAUAUCUGGAACUAUGGCGCUAUUCCACAGACGUGGGAAGAUCCAAUGCAUAAAGAUGAAAAUACCAACUGUUGUGGAGACAAUGAUCCAAUCGAUGUUUGUGAAAUUGGAGAUAAGGUGUGCAACAGAGGCGACAUAAUUCAAGUGAAAGUUUUGGGUACGCUGGCAUUGAUUGAUGAGGGUGAAACCGACUGGAAGAUCAUUGCAAUCAAUAUUAAGGACCCUGAAGCUGCUAAUAUGAAUAAUAUUGAUGAUGUCAGAAGAAUUAAACCUGGGUACCUGGAAGCAACUGUGGACUGGUUUAGACGAUACAAAGUACCUGAUGGGAAGCCAGAGAACCAAUUUGCAUUUAAUGGAGAAUUUAAAGAUAGGGACUUUGCAAUUGAUACGAUUAAAAGCACUCAUAACCACUGGAGUGCUCUAAUAAUUAAAAAAGCAGAUGCAGGAGAGAUUUGUUGCACAAAUACAACUUUGAAAGAUAGUCCUUUUUGUUGCAGUCAAAAUGCCGCAGCAGCCACCGUGACAGCGUUACCUCCUUGUGGGACCUGUAAUCAACUACCAGCUGAAGUCGACCGGUGGUACUUUUGCCGUUGAGAUUUGACCGAAGGACAACAGUUACUCAUCAAGAUAUUUGUUCAGAACAUUUGUGAAGAAUUAGCUGAAAAUCCAGAACAAUGUGUUUAUAAUUAAGUAAAUUAUGGUUCACAGUCCACUGUAUACAUUAAAAAAAAUAUCUGAGAUUAGAUGAUGUAAAACACCAAAUCUUCAAAUAUACAUCAUGAACCUCAGUGACACAUUUUGUAUCUAUAUUAUUUUGUUGUUUGCUAGGUUUAUCUCAGUGUUUUCCAGUAUAAAAUGUUAGGGUUCCCCCCUCCCUAUCAGACAGGUUUAUUUUAACAGAUGGAGGGGGGAGAAAACCCCACAAACUGAUUCUAAAUGCCACAUCCUCAUUCCUUGAAGUACUUAAUGCCAUUUUAAAAUCUUAAGGUACCUCACAAAAUCAACAAACCAUGGAACAGAGAGAUUAAAGUACAAUAUAGAACCAGAGAGCGUAAUUUGAGUGGUGCUGCUGCUGCUUAUGACGGCUUCUAUUCAUCAACAGAAUUAACAAUGUGUUAAAGAUUUAAUGGCAAACCAAUAUAAAAUGACCUAGGUACCAGUCAUUAUAUAAAACUGAAUAAGCUAAAAUAAUAGUCUGAGACUGCCUAUCUGGUCUCAAAGCAGUGGUUUUUCUUAUUGAGGGGCUUUCUGAGGUAAACAUCAUGUUUGUAUUUCUUUAUUAGAAUAGAAUGUAUGAGCUGGAAGGGACGUUGGAGGCCUUCGAGUCCAGCUCCCUGCUCAAGCAGGAGAACCCAUACUAUUUCAGAUAAGUGACUGUCUAGAUUAGUUUCCAACCAUUGUUUCUUGUCCUGCCUUCCGAUGCUUUGGAGAACAAUUUGACUCCUCCUUUUUUAUGGCAGCCCCUCAAGUACUGGAAUUCUCAGUGGCGUGUUGGCCUCUUCUAAUGAUGUCUACGAAUGGGAUGAGACCAAUGCAAGGAUGAGCAACCGCUGGCCUCCAAGUUCUCCUUUAUGUGACCCAGGCUCUGAUUCUUUAUGCUUGCAAAGGUAUAAACUUCCCUACAACCUCCACAUGCUGGGAAUUCUUGGCUUUUUUCUGCCUUUUUCAGAGCUUAUCAGAGCAGGGAAAAAAAAUCAUGACUUGCAGUCUUUACUCAGCAGCUAUUCUGCUAACUGGAAAUACACAUCUAUGGAUGUAUGCAUUGCAGGCAGAACAAAAUAGAAUUCUGUGCAGGGCAACACUUCAGUUUAAUCCCUAAAAUAAUGGAAUCAAGGGAACUUAAUCCACAUUUAUUUUCUUUUAAUUCUCCCAACCUUUUGUGGUUGGAGCAUUAAUCUAUUCUUACUUGAUUAAAAGCUAGUCUGGGAAGAUAUUCCAUUUCAUUUUUGGAUGGAAAGCAACGAGGAUCUUCUUGUGGUUCUUUUUAAAGCUCACCUCAGAAGGAAAUAUUCCUGCUCCUGACUCAGGCUUCAGAAUUUGAUUUUCUCCAGCUUUGAUGGUUUCUAAUUAUUACCUAGGCUGAUACUGGUAUAUAGCACUGCUGAACUAUUUCCUAUGAGAAGUACUCUAGUUCUGCUGCCUACUUGUGAUAUUCCCCUGAAUUUUAAGUUUCUACAUCUUAAAUCAUAAAGAGACAUUUUCAAACUCCUGCUAUGAGUUUGCCUACAAAUAAUAAAAAGAAUUUGUGCAACUGCAUGAUUUCAUUGGGAUUAGGGUCUGUUUAUUUAUUGAAACCCUGGGUGAGAAUGAUGCUACUAAAUUUCAUAACUUUAUUCUAUCAAACACAAUUCAAAGGGAUCUUUAAAGACUAAAAUAAAGCUAUUUCUUUAGAAAUUAAAAAUGGCAAUAAACAUUAAAAU